AGACACCUAUCACCCCGCCUGGAGUCAAGAUCCCGGUGCUCACUCAAGGGGAGGCCAGCCACGCGAAAGGCACGAGCGGAGAAAUGGAUGGUCAUGCAUCGACCGAAACAUCUCUGAAAUUGGGAAGGCAGCCUGGGCGACUUGAGCAGGAAACAAGGCCGCCACCCCAAGUCGAGGAGCAAACACUGACCAUGACGAGAAGCGAGAUGCAGAGGAUAAUAGCGGAGGCAGUAGCGGCCCAACUUAAAGAGACGCAAGUCGAACAGCCCAGAAUCGACCGGCUAAGGGUCGAGCAACCUCAAAUCGAACAGUCUCCCCCGGAGCAUGAGCAGCAAGCCCAAUCCCACGAAAGACAGAAUAGAAGGGCGGACGAAGAAGA